GAGCAAUUGUGCAAUUGUUAACAGCAUAACAUAACCUCAAAAAACAUUAAAUAUUACUCAAUAUUGUGACAUUGUCAUAUUGCUAUAAAUUUUGUUUAUAUUUUUAAUUAAUAGUUGUGGUAAUAUAUUGUAAUUAAUUAUGAAUGAUUAUUAUGGAAAUGAACAAGGUAAUCAACCACCUUUUCCAAGACAACAACAAUCUGGAUUUGAUCCUAACCGGUUGCCACCAAGACAACAAUCAGCUUCAGAUAUUAUGAGUAUCACAAUGACUCCAGAAGAAAAAAAAGUACUUGGAGAAUGUCAAACACAAGCAACAAUAAGAGGUGUAUCACUUGGUGCACUUGCAACUGGUGCAUGUUAUUAUUUAAUGAAUAAUGGUACAUUAAAAAAAAAUCGUUUGAUACUUGGUUUAACUAGUUUUUCUGGUUUUAUUAUUGGAUCAAUGUCAUAUCGUACAACUUGUAUGCAAAAAUUAAUGGCACUUCCAAAUAGUGAUUUUAAAGCUAGAAUUCUUCAAGCACAAAACAUGAACAAUCGAGAAUAUCAACCACGUGAUGGUGAAUCUCAAGCUUGGUUUGAUGGAAAAACUGCAAAUGAUUCAAAAUUACCAACUGAUGAUUUUUCACCAAUGGGUCAUGCUCUUGAUAUUGAACCUUAUCAAACACCAGAUUAUGAUUCAUUAUCAAGAGGUGCAAUUGACAAUGAUUCAGAUGCUGGAUUUAAAUUAAAUCCUCCUCUUCCAAAUAACAACUCAUACGUUAAUUAUGAUGAUUUAAGACGUAAAAAUCGUAUUGAUUAUGAAAAUAGAGCAAUACCACAAAGCUCACCAUAUCAGCCACCAUCAGCAUAUCAACCACCACCACCACAACAACAACCAAUAGUUCAAAAACCACCAACUUAUGAUGGUGGUGUAUUUGAUCCACCACCAAGAUCGAAUGACUAUUGGCGAUAAAUAUGUAUAUUUAAAAAUGUAGUUAAUAUUUUUUAUUAAUCCCUUGUUAUGAUUAACUACACUGUAUCAAAUAAUAAAGAAAAAAAAU